CAAAAUAGUGUCUGACGCGUUGUUGUGAUCAUUUUUUUUCAAUCUGUAAUGCAUUUGUUGUGACAUUAGGUACACUUUUUCCUGUAUUUUUAAAUAAUAAUCUUGUUCACUUUGUUGGCGAAUAAUGCGAGAUAGCUAAAUACCGAUUGUGUGUGUGUCGAAGAGAAAUAUCGACGUUUUACAUAUCAUAUUGAAGUGCAGCAUUCAUUGAAGAAACAUAGGUUACAUAUUAAGAGAAUUCUUUGUUUUUCUGUGAGAAAUGAAUACCCCGACGACUAGAGACCUUCUGCGAAGACCCGACGGAAUGCGUAGAAGAUCUGCUCGACAAGCUCUAGCCGUAAUCCCUGUCAAUAAUUCUGUUCCAUCGCCUGGAGACGCCAUUUCAACCGAAGUAAAUGCAAUGGACAAUUUUUUAAACAGCCGACACGGCUCUGAUUCUUGGAGUCCUGCACCCAGUCCCGAUGAACUAGUAAUACAAAAGCGUGGACGACGUCGUAGACCCAUUGUUUGGUCACCUGAUCUUGAUACAUGUAAAAGAAAUAGUCUUUUCAGCUUAAGUUCCAGAGAUCGUACCCCAGUGAAAAGUCCAUCAAAAUCUACCAUGGUAUUAAGAAGCACACCAAGAAAAAGGCUUGCACUUGGGGACAAUAACGAGUCUCAAUAUACAACACCAGAGAAAAAGAAAAAGUCACAAAGCCUAUUGGCUACCAGUAAUUCGCAUUUCACAGGAAAUUUAAUAAAUGGCUUGCGAGGUCUGAGUCACGAACAGUUGGUGCAGAUGAUUACAGACAUAGUGUCCAUGCAGGAAGAUGGUACUCUGAGCGAACGAGAAAAGUUACGUAAUGUUCUUUUGAAGAAAAUGCCAGUGGCUGAUACUCAACCAUUAAUUGAUACCUUAAACAAUUUAGUGCAGAACAUUUAUACUAGUACAGUGUGUUGUAACUUGGAUGAUUCAGCAAACAAUUGUGCAUAUAUUCAUUUGGAUGCUUAUCAGAAAGCUAUCAUAGAUCAGGGAAAGAGACUUGUAGAGUCUCAGCACUGGAUGUCAGUAAUGCAUUACACAUAUGCAGCAUGGAAUAUUACAAAGCAAUUAUUGAAGUGCAAAAAUAAAACUCUUUGUAAUUUGGCAUGCAAAUGUUUUAAAAAUUUGACGCACUUUUGUUCUCAAGCUUUGAAAAAAGGGAACUUCCCAACCUCGAUAUUAGAUAUGUUUGCUGACAGGCUUGAUGCUAUGGUCGACGAUUGCGAAGACAUAAAGAUUUGCCUACAGUUGAUAAACGAAGUAAAAAACAAUGAAAUUUAGGUAUUCAUUUUUCUUGCGAACAACAAAACUUAGUCGUAUUACAUCGUUAACAUUAAACAAAGAGGCCAUACGUAUUACAAGUGUUAACAUAUGUUUAUAUACAUAUAUAUUUUUAAUAUAUACAGAUAUUUUAAUAUCAACGUUCGUCGUGUAAAGACCCUAUAGAGGUCUUAACAGUUUUCACUGUUAAAUUAAUUAUAUUUUUUUACUAUUUGUUUGUACAAAAACUCUUCAAGUACUCUAUGAGAUUUAUAUGAAAUACUAUUGACAUAGUCAUAAAAGUAUUUGAGAUGUCCAAAUGAUAUUUUUAUAUUACAAAACUUCAAGUAUUCGCAUUAGAUUUAUGUUAAGUUUGCGCGUGACUUUUUCGCUUAUUAUGUUACAUCACUUGAAAUGCAUGCUACCUAUAUUCUAAAAACUAACUUAUUUAAGACUCGCGUAUCGCUAGACUGUAAUUAUUUAUAAUUCGUGGUGGACAUUUUCU